AUGUUUUUCUCAUUCGUUGACUAUUCGUAUUCUCAGAGAAGCCAUGGGAGCUCACGUUCUGAUCUUUCCGAUCCCGAUAAGUAGCCAUGUAAUCCCCAUGAUCGAUCUUACCCAGCUGUUACUCACCCACGGCCUCACCCUCACCGUCCUCGUCACCCCUCCAAACCUCCCCCUCUUCGAGCCCCUCCUCCAAUCUCACCCUUCCUCCGCCAUCCAAACCCUUGUUCUCUCCCUUCCAGAAUCUUCUCUCGCCCCCUCCCCGGCCAACGCCCUCGCCUUCAUCAACUCCCAUAGUGUUCUCCGUGAUCCCAUUGCCGACUGGUUCAAAUCGCACCCUACCCCUCCGGUAGCCAUCGUAUCCGACUUUUUCCUCGGCUGGACAAAUGAUUUGGCCCGCGAUCUCGGCAUCCGGCGAGUCGCGUUCUGGACCGGCGGUGCCGGGGACUUCUCCGAAGCCACUGCUUUGUUCCGGUUCAUGCCGAAGCUGGAAGGUAUGGACGAAAAUUCCUUGCUUACCAUUCCGAACGUGCCGAAUUCCCGAAAAUAUCCCUUGUGGCAAGUGACGCCGAUGUACCGCGGCUUCAAGGAAGGAGACCCAGUUUGCGAAUUCUUCCGGAAGAGCAUGCUGGGCAACAUCGAAUCUUGGGGCGCAAUGAUCAAUACUUUCGCUGAGUUGGAACGAGAUUACAUUGAGUACUUGAAGAAGGAGAUGGGGCACGAUCGGGUAUGGGCAGUGGGUCCGCUUCUCCCGCCGGUGGAUGAUCAGGCGGCGCCGACAAAACGCGGCGGCGCUAGCUCAGUCCCGGUCGAAGAGGUGAUGGGCUGGCUGGACUCGAAGGGUGAUGACUCUGUGGUUUACGUAUGUUUCGGGAGCCGAUUCGCGCUGCCGAGUCCGCAAGUGAGUGCACUCGCCGCCGCGCUGGACAGCAGCGCCGUGAGUUUCAUCUGGGUUCUGAAGGAGAACGAGGUCCAUGCGAUUCCGGACGGGUUCGAUGAUCGUGUGGCAGGGAGAGGCUUCGUGAUAAAGGGAUGGGCCCCACAGGUGCCGAUUCUGCGGCACCGAGCUGUGGGAGCGUUCGUGACUCACUGCGGGUGGAACUCGGUCCUGGAGGGGGUCUCCGCCGGCAAGUUGCUGCUGACUUGGCCGCUGGGGGCCGACCAGUUCACCAACGACAGGCUACUGGUGGAUGAGCUGGGCGCGGCGGUUAGGUUCUGCGCAUUGGCCAACCGAGCGGAGCCGGACUCGGCCGAACUGGGCCGGUUAUUGGCAGAGUCGGUGGGAUCGGGGAAGCCGAAAGAGAGAGCCCGAGUAAAGGAGCUGAGUAAGGCGGCGACGGAGGCGCUCAAAGGGGGAAGUUCUAGUAGAGACGUGGCGGAGUUUGUGAAGCAGUUGGUUGAGGAGAGCAUAAAUGAGGGUAGCGGUGGCCAUUGUUGAUUUUCCGCAGUUUAGGCUUGGCUUGUGUCCAUUACUUGGUUUCCCAUUGAGUUUAUAAAUUUUAAAUUUGAGAAUGAGCUAAUUAGAAGCCAAAUCCAAUUUGGCCAAACAUUUUGUUACUUCUUCCAA